AUGGGCCCAAAAGCCCCUUUUUUGUGCCAGUUGGGCACCGCUGUUCUGCUGGCCCUACAGGUCCAGCGUGUGGCAUCCAUUCCUUUCAAUGGCCAAGCCCGACAGGUCUCAAGGCCUGCUAUCAGCGGAUACACAUAUGAAGGAUGCUAUGUUGAGCCCAACAAUGGCCGUGCUCUUGAGGUCGUCAAGGCCGACGAUUUGAUGACUUUGGAGAUGUGUGCUGAGAUUUGCUCUACUUCGGCCAAGAAGACUUACUUUGGUGUUGAGUACGGAAAGGAGUGUUGGUGUGGAAGCGCUCUCGCUCCUGGCACAACCAUUGCAGCCGAUGAUUCCGAGUGUUCGUUCACGUGCCCUGGAAACUCGGUGGAGACCUGUGGCGCGGGUUUUAGACUCAGUCUCUAUAAGAACGAUGACAUCGCCGCCGGGCCCGUGGUUUCAGCCAAGUCCACAGUUGGGAAUUAUGUGCACCAGGGCUGCUACAGCGAUCUCGUCCAAGGCCAGCGAGCACUGUCCAGGACAAGCGCUGGUGAUGCCAUGACCCCGGAGAGCUGUGCUGCUUUCUGUGGGAGCGAUACUUACAUGGCGCUCGAAUACGGUUCGUCAGACUUCUGUGCAUCUUGA